AUGAAGAAACUCGGAUUUUGUGUUGUUUUUGGUCUGCUAGUGUGCAGCCAACUGUGCGAAACUGUUGAAGCUUCUUCAUUUCAAAUAUUCAACCCCUUCAAUUUGUUUCAACAAGCCUCGCAGUCUGUGCGACGAAUGACGCAACUUUUCAAGACCAACAAUGGUGAACCGUCCGACGAGUACGUAGUUGACGACGAAGAUUAUGAUGUGGACAUGGCGGACCGAGUGGCCUCUUUGGUCAGCAACAGCCUCGGAAAUAAGAGCGGUCAAAAUAAAAACCAGAAAACCCAGCAGAAAACGCAGGAGCAGCAAUCGUCGGGGCCAGGGCUUUUCGGCGGAUUCAUGCGCCUCUUAGGUCUUGACUCCUCCAGACUGGGCGCCAUCGCCGUCAACGCGUUUAUUUACAUUUCAGAAAUGAUUGCUGCAUCUUUGACAAACCGGCAAGCAAGCAGAACGGGCAUGUGGAAAGGUUGGGCGAGGGACGCAAAAGACGCAGAGGAGCCUGAAGGCACGCCGUUCUCGUGGUUACUGGACAAUGUCAGCCCAAAGAUAUCAGAGGCACUCAAGCUGGCGCAAGACCCAGUGCUGCCGGAGCUGCUCAUAAGCUUGUUGAAGGGCCGAUCAAAACGCUCGCUGGACGCCCUGACCAACGAAGGCCCGACGCACUGUCUGCAGCGCCUAAUGUGCCAGGUCGCUCCAGUUUUGCACGGAAUGCAGAAGACAGUGAGUCGCGCAAUCGACUUGACCAAGACGCAAAACCACGCUACCGCCCCGGAGGAGGACAAAUCGCCCAUGACCACUCUGUGGCGUUUCAUGCCCACAAGGGAGGAUCUGGUCAAACAAAGCGAUGUUUGUGAGGCUGAAUAUCCCCAAUGCAAAUUAUACGACUAUUAAAUUUUGGUUUUUGCUAAUUAUUUCUAGACGUUGAAACCAGGGAUUAAUUUAUUUAUGGUGGAGGUUUUAAAAGGCCAAAUAAAAUUGAAUUGAGUGUUGAUUUUAAUAAAAAAUUUAAUGAUUUUCCA